CUGUUUAAAUUUUUAAUUUUCGUGUUUUCUGUUGCUGCAAAAAAAAAAAGCAGCAUACACGAUUAAGUUAGGCCUUGCUUCGUGAUGAUGUGAAAUGUUUUUUUUGGGAUAACCGUGGUAUCCAGGCCAAUUUGUACGCACCUCGACUGUUUUCACGGGAUACCUGCUACCUCCCACCAACAACAUGGAUGGGUAAGGCUUGGAUAAAUGGGAAGAAAUCACCUAAUGUAUUUGCCUCUACUGGGAUUUGAACCUGAGACCACAUGGUUCUCAACCCAUGUCAUUGACCACUAGGCCACACCCUUAGGUGCGAUGAUGUGGAAUGUUUUACCUAAGAAAAAGGAUUUUUUAUGAUAGUUUCUGAUAUUUGAUUGAAUAUAAAGCUGGGGGAAAUACGGUGAAAACUAGGUUAUUUUUAUUAUAUAUACGCUAUUGAAUCCCCUUGAGAUGCAGAAAUAUUUCUUGUGAAGUGGCGAAAGGGGGUUCAAAAAUUUUGGUCAUAGGUUCAAAUCGCAGGAGUGGCAUUUUUGAAUCCUCUUAUACAAAAUCCUGGUUUUGCUAUUGGGUGGAGUGGGACAUGGAAUGUGGUGUUUGGGGAUAAUCAGAAGUGGAAAUAAUGUUUAGAUGCUGGCUGCCCCGUGGAUUAGUUGAGGUGCACACAAGUUGGUCCGAUCACAACUCUCACCAGAGACAAAUGAGUGGGGUGUCUCUAGGUGAGUCUCAUGGCAGACCCAUUACCGGGAGGACGUUGAGGAGGUGCAAUGAUCAUGCAGGAGCUGAUCAUGUUGUUCUGAUUGAUGUCGAUAGUGAUACUUUUAGUAAUGUUAUUUUUAUUGAUGUGCCUGAAUCCACACCCAAAAAGUUUCGACGUAAGACUUCAGCAAAGAAAGACAAAAGAAGAUCUCCUUUGAGGAACAUAAUCUUCAUCGACGAUGACGAAAGCAGCGAGAAUGAAUAUCCUGAAUUUGGUGUAGAAAAUGACCGCCACUUCUUUCGUGACCCUUCCCCUAGCAUGAGAGCGUGCUCAACCUCGAAAAGUGCUAAAGAACCUCUAAAUGAAAUUGGUGAUGAUUGUCAGUUGGUUCGAGAAAACAUACCUCCAGUGAAGUUAUCAAAAUGCAAAAGAACUUACUCCGGAAAAGCUCCUGUACGAAAUCGCUAUGGUUUGACAUCUGAUUCAGAGAGUGGUUCAUCCGAAGAUGAUGAGUUCAUGGAGGAUUAUUCUGGACAGCUUCGAGAGCAGUGGCAGAAAGCUUCCUUAAAGAGGAAAAAGUGUAGCAGUGAUCAAUCUGGUGUUAGAGAUAUCAAUAGUGCAUCCGGUGUUGGAAUUCAACCUAACCCUGGUGAGAGUGAAGAGCAUACAUCUUGUUCUGGUUACUCUAAAUCCUCUACAGACAAAGAAGAUCUAUCUCCUAACUCAACACGUGAAUCACGUCGCACUUCUGGUAUGGCUGAUGUCCAUGACGAAGGUGAUCCACGAAAGAACUUUGAAGAGGGUUAUCCGAGUAUACCCCCUGAAUAUCGGCAGAAUCCUUUUGAAAAGAAGCACCCGGAGCAAGGCAAUGAAGGGAGUAUUCCAGCUCCAGGACCUUGUUUGGAAAAACCUGUUUCAUGUGGUGACAGGAACUUCUGUUGUAGACAAUAUAGGGUAGCAGAGGAGGAACCUUUUCUUGGAAAGCAUCAGCGUGCUGUUGAAACUGAAAAUGGUAGGAGACAAUAUGUUUCUGCUGAUAAUGGUAAAAAGUGUCAGGAGGCGGUUAAGAGUUAUAAUUUUCAUUUCUCAAAAGAAUUAAGACAUGAAACCAGUAGGUUCAAUGAGAAGGAGGAUUUAUUUUCUGGAGGAUUUCCAAGGACUACCCGAUCAUCUGUUGUAUACUAUCCAGAACGCAACUAUUCUAAUGGCAGCAGAGUUAAUCCUAGAGAGUCUUCUAUUUGCACGAGAGCUUCAUCAUGCUCAGGAAUCAGCGGCAAAAAAUGUGUCGAUCAGGAAAAUGGGAAAUGGAUUCCUGAUAGGACAUCAGAAUUAAAUGCACACAAUAAUGAAACACAACCUAGUAACAGAGGUUCCUUGCUGGAGGAGGGUCUUUCUGAAUCUGUAUCUACGAGCCAACACAAGGAUGAAAGGCAUGAUGACGUGAAUGUCCAGGAUGGUGAGAAUGUGGAAGGUCGUAUUGAGAACUGUAUUACCACCGAAAGAGAAAGGAUGAAGGAGACUUCCGAAUACAAAAAGGCACUAGAGGAAGAACUUGCGUCCAGGCAAAGAGCGUUAGUGAUUCAGGCAGAAGAAGCCAAAAAGUUGAAGCUGUUGCUGAAAAGAAAGAAGGCUGAAAGUAUGCGUCUAUUAGAAAUGGAGAAGAGACAAAAGCAGCGUGUGGAGGAAAUGAGAGAAACUCAAAAGAAGGACGUAGAGAAUAUGAACUUGAAGGAGCUGGUACGAGCCGAAGUUCGAAAGGAACUUAGGAAGCUCGAAAUGACAUGCCAUGAUAUGGCUUCGAUGUUGUGCGGAUUGGGAAUCACUGUUGGUGGUGGCACUAGUCAUGAGGUGCGCGUUGCUUACAAGAAAGCGUUGCUGAUGUUUCACCCAGAUAGAGCUUCAAGAUCUGAUAUACGACAAGAAGUUGAAGCUGAGGAGAAAUUCAAGCUUAUUUCUCGAAUGAAGGACAAGUAUUUACCAACUUUAUAGCAGUGAACAUAGGAGAUAAAAGUAGUAUAUUCCCAGUCAAAAGAUUUAUCUUUAGGAUGGAAAUUUUGUGAAUAGGCCUUCAAUGCUUUAGAUUUUUCUCACCAUGUGGAAAGCUGCACUCAACUGCAGAAAGGUUUUCUCAUUUCCAGGCAUAGUUAUGUCAUUUCUUUAUUGUCUUUGUUAAUGUAAUUGUCCUUUUUCAGGGUUGUGGUGUUUUUUCAGGAAUUGCUUUACAAAAAGCUAUAAAAUUAAAGAAUCUCUCAUUGUUCAUUGUU